AUGGCAGACCACAUGAGUGGGGGAGAACCACACGAGUGUGAGUACCGAGUUCAGAAGGAGGAGAAAAGUAAGGAAGGGAAGCCAGCCCUUCCCCCAGGCCUUCGCCAGACAAUCUUGGCAGAAGCCCACGGGGUGGGUCAUGCAGGAGUGAGACAAAUGUUAGAGAAUCUGACAAGCUGGUGGCAUCCAUUUAUGAAAGAGAUGGUGGGGGGAUAUGUACAGAGUUGUGCUACCUGUACCUUGUAUAACUCGCGACCCACAGUCAAGCCUGAGAAAGGGCAGUUUCCAAUGUGUACCAGGUUAGGGGAAGAAAUCAUUAUAGAUUAUACAGACAUGGUGAUUCCAGUGAGAGGGUUCAGAUAUGUGUUGAUGUGUGUGGACGCAUUCUCAGGGUGGCCAGAAGCAUGGCCCACAAAGAAGGAGGAUGGGGUAUCCGUGAUAAAGUUUCUGAUUAAUCAGGAUAUACCACGACACGGGUUUCCCAACAGGAUUCGGUCAGACAAUGGGUCCCACUUUAAGAACGAGGACCUCCGGACGGUGGAGAAAGCGUUGGGAUUGAGACAUGCGUUUGGAACUGUGUAUCAUCCGCAGUCCCAGGGAAAAGUGGAGCGAAUGAACCAAACAAUAAAUCAAAAAUUGGCAAAAAUCUGCGCACAGACCAAAAUGAAUUGGGUUAGAGCUGAGGUCCCUUGGCCCAGCCACGAGAGCGUGCUGCUUCCAGUGGGACAGCCUGGCCCUCCACGGCUGGUUGCUGUAUCAGCACUGGCACUGGCAUGGGCAACUGCUGGUCCCAGAGUCACUCAGAGGGGCAGUGAUGAGAGUGAUGGCCUGGUAGAAUGGUUCGACCAGAUCCUGACCAUUCAACUUGAAAUCCUGACCUGCAAGCACUAG